UUCGAAACACCGACACAUUUUUUCCGCGACUGAACGAUCAAUGGCGACGAUCAAGCUUGUUAAAGCUAGGCAGAUUUUCGACAGCCGUGGAAACCCUACCGUCGAAGUGGACGUUACUCUUUCUGAUGGAACACUGGCUAGGGCUGCUGUUCCCAGCGGUGCUUCGACUGGUGUCUACGAGGCUUUGGAGUUGAGGGAUGGAGGUUCCGACUAUCUUGGGAAGGGUGUCCUUAAGGCUGUGGGUAAUGUCAAUGCAAUCAUCGGACCUGCUUUGAUUGGAAAGGAUCCAACAGAGCAAACUAAAAUUGACAACUUCAUGGUGCAAGAGCUAGAUGGGACUGUUAAUGAGUGGGGUUGGUGCAAACAAAAGCUUGGUGCAAAUGCUAUAUUGGCUGUAUCACUUGCUGUCUGUAAAGCAGGAGCUAGUGUGAAAAAUAUCCCACUCUACCAGCACAUAGCCAAUCUUGCUGGGAACAAAACCUUAGUGUUACCUGUACCUGCAUUCAAUGUCAUCAAUGGUGGUUCUCAUGCAGGAAAUAAACUGGCAAUGCAGGAGUUCAUGAUCCUUCCUGUGGGGGCAUCUACUUUCAAGGAAGCAAUGAAGAUGGGUGUAGAAGUUUAUCAUCAUUUAAAGGCUGUAAUUAAGAAAAAAUAUGGUCAAGAUGCCACUAAUGUUGGUGAUGAAGGUGGCUUUGCACCCAACAUUCAGGAAAAUAAAGAGGGUCUAGAAUUACUUAAGACAGCUAUAGCAAAAGCUGGAUACACUGGCAAAGUGGUGAUUGGGAUGGAUGUUGCUGCAUCAGAGUUCUAUGAAAACAAGGACAAGACUUAUGAUUUGAAUUUCAAAGAAGAGAACAAUGAUGGAUCACAGAAGAUUUCAGGCGACAGUUUGAAAAAUGUUUACAAGUCCUUUGUGAGUGGUUAUCCAAUUGUAUCCAUUGAAGAUCCAUUUGAUCAGGAUGAUUGGGAGCAUUAUGCCAAGAUGACUUCUGAAAUUGGCCAACAAGUACAGAUUGUUGGGGAUGACCUUCUUGUCACCAACCCCAAGCGUGUUGAGAAGGCAAUCAAGGAGAAGUCAUGCAAUGCCCUUCUGUUGAAGGUUAAUCAAAUCGGUUCUGUCACAGAGAGUAUUGAGGCUGUCAAAAUGUCCAAACGUGCUGGCUGGGGUGUAAUGGCAAGCCACCGAAGUGGUGAAACCGAGGAUACUUUCAUUGCCGACCUUUCAGUUGGUUUGGCAACAGGCCAAAUCAAGACUGGAGCUCCUUGCAGAUCAGAGCGCCUUGCUAAAUACAACCAGCUUCUUAGGAUUGAAGAAGAGCUUGGGGCUGCUGCAAUCUAUGCGGGAGCAAAGUUCCGAACACCAGUGGAACCAUACUAGAUGCCAGAUCAACUAUGGGUUCUGUUUUUAUGCUGCUUUAGUUUUUUGUGUUAAAAGGUUGUGUUGGUGGAAGACAUUGUCGUGGGUUGACAAUCACUAGUGUUUGAGAGAAAUAAUUGAUAGGAGGCUGUUCACCAUCUGUUUUAGAGAAGAGGUCCUCCAAGGUCCAUUUUGUAGAAUGAUAAUGAUAAAUUCUAAGAUUU